AUGGACACCGAGGACGCCGGCGCCCAGGGCUUCGACCCCCGCACCCAGCAGGUCGACAACGCCAUCCGCGCCAUACAGCAGAAGAAGCCGCUCCCUGAGAUUGACUUUACCAUUCAUGUGAUGGAGGAUGGCACUCAGGUCAGCACCCAGGAGAGAGUCUGCAAAGAUGUGCAAGCUCCCGCCAUGUACAAGCCCACCGACGACCAAUUCUUCGAGGACGAGUCGCAACAAAAGCCCAACAUUCAGUUCCUAAAGCAGCACUUCUACCGCGAGGGCCGCUUGACUGAGGAGCAGGCGCUAUGGAUCCUCAAGAAGGGCACCGAGAUCCUCCGCGCCGAGCCCAACCUACUCGAGAUGGACGCGCCCAUCACCGUCUGCGGUGACGUCCACGGCCAGUACUACGACUUGAUGAAGCUGUUUGAGGUCGGCGGCGACCCGGCGGAGACGAGGUAUCUGUUCUUGGGCGACUAUGUCGACCGUGGCUACUUCAGUAUCGAGUGCGUGUUGUACCUGUGGGCGCUCAAGAUUCACUACCCCAAGUCUCUGUGGCUGCUGCGUGGCAACCACGAGUGUCGCCACCUGACGGAUUACUUCACCUUCAAGCUCGAGUGCAAGCACAAGUACUCCGAGGCCAUCUACGAGGCAUGCAUGGAGUCGUUCUGUUCGUUGCCGCUGGCGGCUGUCAUGAACAAGCAGUUUUUGUGCAUCCACGGCGGUCUCAGCCCGGAGCUGCACACGCUGGAUGACAUUAGAAAUAUCGACCGCUUCCGCGAACCCCCCACCCAAGGCCUAAUGUGCGACAUCCUCUGGGCCGACCCCCUCGAGGACUUUGGCCAAGAAAAAACCACCGACUACUUCCACCACAACCACGUCCGCGGCUGCUCCUACUUCUUCUCCUACCCGGCCGCCUGCCACUUCCUCGAGAAGAACAAUCUGCUCUCUGUCAUCCGCGCCCACGAGGCCCAGGACGCGGGGUACCGAAUGUACCGUAAGACCCGCACAACGGGCUUCCCCUCGGUCAUGACCAUCUUUUCCGCCCCCAACUAUCUGGACGUGUACAACAACAAGGCGGCGGUUCUAAAGUACGAGAAUAACGUCAUGAACAUUAGACAGUUCAACUGCACCCCCCACCCGUACUGGCUCCCCAACUUCAUGGACGUCUUCACCUGGUCGCUGCCCUUUGUGGGAGAAAAGAUCACGGACAUGUUGAUUGCCAUCCUGUCAACCUGCUCCGAGGAGGAACUCCGCGAGGAAUCAUCCGCCUCCUCGCCCGGUCCAGUAUCCCCCCCCUUGCCCUCGGCCUCGAGCGUCGGGAGCCAAGAUCCGGAAUCGAUCGAAUUCAAGAGACGUGCGAUCAAGAACAAGAUUUUGGCCAUCGGACGACUGUCGAGGGUCUUCCAGGUUUUGAGAGAGGAAUCCGAGAAGGUGUCGGAGCUCAAGACGGUCAGCGGCGGGAGAUUGCCCGCCGGCACGCUGAUGCUCGGCGCCGAGGGGAUCAAGAAUGCGAUUUCGAGCUUUGAGGACGCCAGGAAGGUGGACAUUCAGAACGAGAGGCUGCCGCCUAGCCAUGACGAGGUGCAGAAGCAGAAGGACGAGGAGCACGCCCAGGCGCUGGAGCGGGCGACGAGGGAGGCGGAGCAGGAUAAGAAGUUGCAGACGCUGAGUAGGAGGUUGAGCACGGAUCGCAAGCGGUAG